AUAGUGUCAUAUAAAAUGAAGGAUAAAAAAGGAAAAAAUCGAAUGCAAUGUUUCAAAGCAAGUUGUGAUUGUGAUGAGUACACAAAAGAGAAAGAUUUUGAUUUGUGUGCUUAUUGUGAUCAUGCACCAGUUUUACAUAAAUUAGAAGAUAGUUUUAAUCUUAUUGAAGAUGUUCAUUCAGUUGAUUUCACAAAGAGCAAUCCAAUGCAGAACACUUUAUCCACUUCUCCCAGUAUGUCUAGCAUGUUUUUUGAGCCUCAAAAUGAUGCAAAAGAAAAUGAAGAUGUUACACUUGAACCAGCUUUUUUAAAUGAAAGUGAAAAAGGCUUCAAUGUGUGCAGUAAUGAUUUCAUGAGCCCUUUGAAAAAGCAUUGUAUGUUUUCAGAUACAGUAUUGACUAAUAAAGUAAUUUCUACAUCGAAAACCAUUGUUCAUAAUAAAAGUUGUGCUCUCUUUGAGAAUGGCUUAGCCCCUAUCUUAAAAUCUUGCACAGAUGGUAUGAUUGUGUUAAGUGCUACUAAUCUAACAUUUAGUCUACGUAACAAGUUGGCUGGUGUAGUAGUAAACCACGUUAUUCAAAAGAGAGGUCUGCAAAAUCGUCCAACUAAUGCAGAUAUAUUUGAAUCAGCAAAUGCCAUUGUUGCACAUUUUCCUUCAGAAAAGCUUGAAACAUGGUAUACUGCACCUACAUUUAAAAAAAGUAUAGCUGGUGGAAAGCUGACAGAAAAGCUUCGCAACACUUGGCGAAAUAUUAAAUCGGUUGGGAUUUUAAAAUGUUCAAAUGAUUAG